AUGCAUUUCAACGUCAAAUUAGAAUCAUUCCAAUUCUUUUACAAGAACAUAAUAAAACCUGAAGAUUGGUUAUUAUUUCUAGCUGGUCAAUUAAAUUAUAUAGAUUUUACUAAAUAUGAAUUUUCACAAGCUAUGAAAAUAUUAAUUAAAGAAUUGAAAGUUCCAAUCAUCAAUGAGAUAUGUCCUCUGGAUGUUGAUUUGAAGAAAGAAGUUAAUACUAUGAUUCCGAUAACAUCUAUAUUACAUGAACCAUCAUCAGUCUUAAUACUUCCGGAAAAUAUUUUCGAUUGGAAUCAAAUACAUGUGCAAGAUUGGUUGAUUAGUCAUAGUUUACUGCAAAUGUCUCGUUUAUUUACUAAUUUUAAUGGUCAAAGUUUGAUGUAUAUGAGUGAAAUUAUAGAAAAUGUUGAACCUCAACAAGUUGUACCUUUAUUGCAAGAUGAUUCUAUUCGAUGA